AUGAACCCAAAAACCCAGCGGAUGGCACCGACUGAAUCUAUUGAGUUCUUCGCUCAGGCCGAAAUUCGGACUCCCCAAAAUAAAUUAUCAGAAUACUUCCCACGAAUGAGUAAUAAGCAUGGUGCUGAGAUCCGCGGCCUAACAGCAUUGUGGAACGGAGGAAACAGGCCCACGCUCUGUGAUAUUACUGCUACAGUGUACGCCGGAGAGCUGCUGGUGGUCGUUGGUCCCGUUGGCUCUGGCAAGAGUUCCCUUUUGCACUCAUUGCUGGGAGAGCUGCCUGAGCUUCAUGGCAGCGUUGAUGUCUCCGGCAAGAUCGCUUACGCCGCUCAAGAACCCUGGCUUUUCUCUGACUCCGUCAGGCAAAACAUCCUUUUUGGGGAAAAAUAUAAUCCUCAAAAAUACGCUGAACUCUUACGAGUUUGCGGCCUAGAUGCAGAUCUCAAGCAGCUGUCCGAUGGAGACUUAACGUACGUUGGAGAGCGCGGCACGACACUCAGCGGUGGUCAGAAAGCUCGUGUCAGCUUAGCGCGAGCGCUGUACCAGGAUGGUGAUGUGGUGUUGCUGGAUGAUCCGUUGAGCGCGGUAGACGCGGCUGUGGGCAAACAGCUGUUCGACCUCUGCAUCCGCGGAUACCUGCGUCGUAAAGCAGUCAUCCUCGUCACCCACCAGCUGCAGUACAUGAGCGCCGCUCACAACAUCCUCGUGCUGCUCGAGGACAAUCGAAUGCCUCUAAGUACGGGAGCAUGGAGACUAACACCGACACUGAGAAAAGAGUUCCGAUGGCUUCGAAAGAAGGUCUUGAAACGUUUCAUCGGCGUCAAGAAAGAAAUCAGGACUAAUGAGCUGCAUGGGCAAACAUACCAAGGCGCAAGCAACGGCCACAACAUCACUUACCAGACCACGAAAAAGUUGGAAGUUGGCGUGUCAUUCACGUCGUUCACUUUUGCGCAAGUCUACGGCGCACUGGUAUGUGGCGUGUUCAUUCUGUCUCUGGGACGGACGGUGUUAUUCUUCAUGAUGUGCUGUGUGUCGUCACGACGCCUACACGACAACAUGUUUCAAGCUGUUAUGCGCGCGCCCAUGAGAUACUUCGAUACUCAGCCUAUUGGUCAUGUGCUAAAUUGCUUCACCAAAGAUAUGGGACAAAUUGAUGAUCUUAUGCCGGUGUGCUUGUGGGACUUUUUGACAAUAUCAUUGAACACGGUGGGAAUCAUUGCAAUGAUCGGGUUCGUCUUCCCCUACAUGUUCAUCCCAACCGCCGUAUUCGUCGUCGUGCUUAUCUUGCUGCGACGUCUCUACUUGCACACCGCUCGAGACAUCAGGAGGCUUGAAGCAAUCGCGCGCAGUCCGGUAUUCUCCCACCUGAGCACAUCUCUGGACGGUCUGACCACCAUCAGGGCCUCCCGUACCCAGCGCUCCUUCGUCAGGGGCUUCGAUCAUCUUCAGGAUUUGCACACGUCGUCGUUUUCGAUGAUUACAGCGACGACGCAAUGGUACGGAUUUUCACUUGAUGGCCUUUCAGCAUUUUUCGUCGCUUGCGUCAUCAUCACAUGUAUCGCUGAUCAAGGCCACCGCAGUGGUGAUGUUGGACUGGCCAUCUACUGCGCACUGAUGCUCACCAACACCCUUCAGUGGGGCGUUCGGCAGUCAGCCGAGGUGGAGAACCAAAUGAUUUCUGUGGAGCGGGUGCUGGCGCUUAGUGAACUGCAGCCAGAGGCCCCACUGAUCUCGGACGUAGACGCCAACAUAAAGCCUGGUUGGCCAACCACUGGACAAAUUGACUUCAGGAACGUGAGCCUUCGUUAUGAGGAAAACCAGCCCGUGGUUCUGAAGAAUAUCUCAUUUACCAUCUCAUCAGGUGAAAAAAUCGGCAUCGUGGGCCGCACAGGGGCGGGUAAGUCGUCGCUCAUCUCGUGCUUGUUGCGCUUGACGGAACCCACCGGACAGAUCAACAUCGACGGCGUGGACAUCGGCAAGCUCGGACUGCACGCUCUCCGCAAGAACAUUUCCAUCAUCCCUCAAGACCCUGUACUAUUCACUGGCUCUCUUCGUAUGAACUUAGACCCGUUCAACGAGUACUCAGACGAUCAACUAUGGAAUGCACUUAACGAGGUGCAAAUGAAGGAGGCGGUGCAGGCGAGCCCCGACGGUCUGGAUCACACUGUGGAGGAGGGCGGCAGCAACCUGAGUGUGGGGCAGCGGCAGCUCGUGUGUCUUGCUAGGGCCAUCCUAUCGCACAACCGCAUCCUGCUCAUCGAUGAGGCCACCGCCAACGUCGACUCAAAGGCAGACGAGCUGAUUCAGCAGACCAUUCGUGAGAAGUUCAAGCAAUGUACGGUGCUGACGGUGGCCCAUAGACUCCAAACUAUCAUGGACAGCACUAGAGUGAUGGUGAUUAGUGAUGGAAAAAUCCAAGAGCUGGACGCCCCGCACUCGCUGCUGCAGGACCGCGCCUCGCUCUUCUCGCGCCUCGUGCGCCAGGCCGACGACGACACCGCGGAGCGCUUGCACAACAUCGCAAGAGAGGCGUACAAGAAACGCAAUAAUUGACUACGCAUUUCUGAUCAAUUAGUCAUUCAUAUGAAAGUUCGAACGGAUAUUAAAUUGUAUCGUAAUUAGAUUAG